AUGCCAGUUACUGUUCCCGUGUCCCGGCACCAAACAAUCCCAGUUACUCUUCCCGUGUUCCGGCACCAAACAAUCCCAGUUACUGUUCCCGUGUCCCGGCACCAAACAAUCCCAGUUACUGUUCCCGUGUCACGGCACCAAACAAUCCCAGUUACUGUUCCCGUGUCCCGGCACCAAACAAUCCCAGUUACUGUUCCCGUGUCCCGGCACCAUACAAUCCCAGUUACCGUUCCCGUGUCCCGGCACAAAACAAUGCCAGUUACCGUUCCCGUGUCCCGGCACCAAACAAUGCCAGUUACCGUUCCCAUGUCUCGGCACCAAACAAUCCCAGUUACCGUUCCCGUGUCCCGGCACCAAACAAUCCCAGUUAAUGUCCCCGUGUCCCGGCACCAAACAAUGCCAGUUACUGCUCCCGUGUCCCGGCACCAAACACUGCCAGUUACCGUUCCCUUGUUCCGGCACCAAACAAUGUCAGUUACCGUUCCCGCGUGCCGGCACCAAACAAUUCCAGUGCCGGCACCAAACAAUGCCAGUGCCGUUCCCGUGCCCCGGCACCAAGCAAUGUGUGUUAUUUCUUAA